GGUUAUAUACACUUUGACAUUGCCAAAUCAAUUUUUUUAUUUCAUCAUUAUUCACCGAAAUUUAUGAUCUGUGACUGAAACCGAAGUCUUAACAAAAAUUGAAAAUGCACGGUAGGUUAAAAAUUCGCACAACUGAAGAGCAGAGAGCUCAAAGACGAAAAGAGCAGCAGAAAAAAUUGGCUGCUUAUCGCAUGGGUAUAAAACAGAUUUUGUCUACUAGAAAGGCUGAUGAAUACGAUUCUACUAGUUUGAGUAUAUGUUCACAAUUACUGAGCGUUAAUCCUGACAUUUACACAUUGUGGAAUUACAGAAAAGAAGUUACUUUAAUAAUAAUCAAACACAGCCAUUUGGAUGAAAUUGAUGGUGAAGACGACUUGAUAGAGUUCCUUGAAAAUGAAAUUAGGCUUACCGAACAAUGCCUUUUGGCAAAUCCCAAGUCUUACGGUUCGUGGCACCAUCGUUACUGGGUGUUAAUGAAACACCCAAUUCCAAACUGGGAGAAUGAAUUUAGUUUAUGUACAAAGUAUUUGAAGUUGGAUGACAGGAAUUUUCAUGUUUGGGAUUAUAGAAGGUUGAUUAUAAAUAAGAUUGGAAUUACGCUGACCGAUGAACUAGAGUUUUCAACAGAUAGACUCAACGUUAACUUUUCUAAUUAUUCUUCGUGGCAUUAUAGAAGUACGUUAAGGAAUUUGGAUCAAGAAAGUGCCGGCACUGAGUUAACUUUAGUCCAAAAUGCAGUAUUCACGGAUCCGGCAGAUAGUAGCGCCUGGUUUUAUUUGCGCUGGGUUUUGAGUAACCCUGCAGUAACAAAGGAUAGAAGACAGGAGCUUUUAGAGGCUUUGGAGCAGCUGGAGGAACUAGAACCUGACUGCAAAUGGGUGUUAAUGGCCAAAUGCUGGCUAACGGGUAGCUUAGUCCUUAGUGAUAAGGAUUAUAUCGAUCGUCGGGUCCAGUUUUAUAAGCAGUUGGUGAAAUUAGAUCCUUUGAGGAGGGGACAGUAUGAGGAUUAUUUGAAAACUGCUGAAGAGAAAUUAGGCACCACUUCAUUAAGAUCCAAAUAAAUGUUGCAUUCCUAUUGGUAUUUAACUUUAUCAUGUCUAAGUCAACACAUUAAAGUAAUUUGUAUUUUUCUUAAUGUUAAAAUAAAUGUUGAAUAAGUGUAAAAUUUAAAUAAUUAUAAGUGUUUAA